UUAUGUAAACAAAAACCGCUAUAAUUCACCACACGCUCUACUGCGACUCAUUUCAUUCGUGUUUGGGACAGAGAGCGGCUCCUGUCUCUUUGUGGGUCUGUCUGAUUUGUUUUAAGCAGUAUAUUGUGAAAUCACGCGUGGUCAUUCAUAUCGUCUCAGGAAUCAUGAGUUCUCAGGUGAGGCAGAGCUUCCAUCAGGAGUGUGAGGCAGCCAUUAACAGACAGAUUUACCUGGAGCUCUACGCCUCUUAUGUCUACCUGUCCAUGGGGUAUUAUUUUGACAGGGAUGACAAGUCUUUGCCCAACUUUGCCAAGUUUUUCCGCGAGCAGUCUAAGGAGGAGCGAGAACAUGCGGAGAAGCUGAUGAGUCUGCAGAACCAAAGAGGAGGACGGAUCUACCUGCAGGACAUCAAGAAGCCGGAUCGGGAUGAGUGGGGCAGUGGUCUGGAAGCGCUGGAAUGUGCUCUGGCUCUGGAAAAGAGUGUAAAUCUGUCCUUACUGGAGCUUCACAAGGUGGCAACUCAACACAAUGAUCCACAUGUUUGUGAUUUCCUGGAGACGCAUUACCUGGACGAGCAGGUGAAGUCCAUUAAAGAGCUGGCGGACUGGGUGAGCAGCCUGCGGCGGAUGGGUGCCCCUCAGAACGGCAUGGCCGAAUAUCUGUUUGACAAGCACACUCUGGGAAAGGAAAGCUCUUAGACAAUCUCUCUCUGUGUUUAUGAUGCAGUCAGUCCGCCAAGCAUGUCAUGCCAUAUGAGUGUCAGACAGACGUGUUGCAAACUCUGCUGUAGUUUACUAGAGAUCCUGCCUGAACCCUUUAUAAGCCAUACAGUUGAUAUAGUCCACAUUAUACGCAAUAUUCUAUAUGAAAUCAUUCAAAUGUGUUGAUCUCAAUAAAAAAAUAAUACUAGCAAAA